AUGUGCCACAAGGAUAGUACCACCUACCAGAAAUGCGGACACAUAGUCAAUAAGACCGUUCUUUGCAAUACCGCUGGACCAUGGGCCACGAUUCUGCCUCAAAAGUGCUUGAAGGCGUACAGAACGAAUGCUUUCGUCGAAUUGGGAWCAUGCCCUCAAUGUUUUGAUAAGGAAGUGAAGGCUUCUAGGGAGGCUUCUAGGGAGGCUUCUAGGGCGCUCUUAGAGGCGGUCGACUCUGAUUGA